GAAUGUUCCGGUAGGUGCUGCUGCCGACGGUGGAUAUGGCUGAUUGCUCCGAAUGCUGCCGCUCCCUUCGAACUUGGUGAUGUUCUGCCUGAAAUCUGACCAAGUCAACCAUUUGUUACAAAUGACCUGCUGCUCGGCAAGAGGACGCGCGUCCUACCGCUGAGGCCCCCCCCCCUCCCACCCCCCACAUGCGCACGUGGAGCGAUGGAGCGCUGUAAGCACGUGGUGCGCCUCCGCCUGGGCCAGGACCACUCCAUCCUCAACCCGCAGAAAUGGCACUGCGUGGACUGCAGUACCACCGAUUCGGUGUGGGCCUGCCUCAAGUGCUCCCACGUGGCCUGCGGACGCUUCAUGGAGGAGCACUCGCUCAAACACUUUCAGGAGUCCCGCCACCCGCUGGCCAUGGAGGUGCGGGAGCUGGACGUCUUCUGCUUCGCCUGCGGGGACUAUGUACUCAACGACAACGCCGAGGGAGAUCUCAAACUCCUCCGGGGGGCCCUCUCCACCGUUAGGAGUCCCGGCACGCGCUCGCUGCGCUCCUCGGCUUGGCGGGUGUGCGCCCAGCGGGGCGGGGAGGGCGCGCCGCAGGCUCCCAUGCAGCUGGCCUUGCGUCACAGGAGGAAAACCCUCCUCGCCAAGAUGCUUCAGAGGUGGACGCGCAAACAUCAGGAGCUGCAGACGGAGCGCCAGGAGAAGCUGGAGGAGGCGAAAAGGCAAAAGAAGGAGGUGAAAAGGAGACUCUUGGAAGAGCUGGGCAACGUCCCCCCAAGAAAGAGCGCUCGGCUACUUACUCAGGCGCCGCGUUCGACCAUCACGCUCAUCCCUUGUAAGUUUCGAGACCCUCCGGAACGGCUACCUCCUCCUCCCCCGCCUCUUCCCAGGAAGCCUUCUCUCCUGUCCCUGCCGCGGAAGCCCCCGCCGAACGGCAGGGCCGCAAAACUGAGACGGUACUACUCGGCCCACUCGGCGACCCGCCGUCGGCUCGCCCCGGGGGUCACGGGUCUGCGUAACCUGGGGAACACGUGCUACAUGAACUCCAUCUUGCAAGUGCUGAGUCACCUGCAGAAAUUCAGGGAGUGUUUUCUCACUUUGGACCUGUGCGAGACCGAGGAGCUGCUGGCCAAGACCAACCACUCGCAAGGGGUGAAGGCGGUGGCCGGGUUACCGCCGCUGACCUCGUGUCCCCUGGGACGCGUGGGAAAUCUGACGGCGGGCAGGAAGGAAAGCGCCCCGCCCAAACCACAAACUGCCGAGCUGGUCCAGCCCAAGGAGCCUCGCGGCUCCACCCGCCAGCAGAUGUCUCUGUGCCACGAGUUGCAUACGCUUUUCAGGGUCAUGUGGUCAGGGCGCUGGUCGUUGGUGUCCCCCUUCGCCAUGCUGCACUCCGUGUGGAACCUCAUCCCGGCUUUCCGCGGCUACGACCAGCAGGACGCGCAGGAGUUCCUGUGCGAGCUGCUGGACAAGGUGCAGCAGGAGCUGGACACGGAGGGCUCCAAACGGCGGAUCGUCAUCCCCAUCACCAAGAGGAAGCUUUCCAAACAAGUGCUCAAGGUGCUGAACACCAUCUUUCACGGGCAGCUACUCAGCCAGGUGACGUGUCUGUCCUGCAAGCACAAGUCGAACACAGUCGAGCCUUUCUGGGACUUAUCUUUGGAGUUUCCCGAGCGCUACCACAGCGUCAACAAAGGCUCCGGCUCCACGGCCUACCAGCGCAGCUGCACCCUCACCGAAAUGCUGUCCAAGUUCACCGAGAUGGAAGCGCUUGAAGGCAGCAUUUAUGCCUGCAACCACUGCAACAAAAGAAGAAGGAAAACAUCCCACAAGCCUUUAGUUCUUUCAGAAGCUCAUAAGCAGCUUCUGAUCUACCGCUUACCUCAGGUUCUACGGCUGCACCUCAAGCGCUUCAGGUGGUCGGGGAGAAACCAUCGGGAGAAAAUCGGCGUCCACGUGGCCUUCGACCAGGUUCUGAGCAUCAAACCCUACUGCUGCACGGGCUCGGGUCACCCUGUCCACAGAGGGGGCUACACCUACGACCUGUCGGCCGUGGUCAUGCACCACGGCAAAGGCUUCGGCUCAGGGCACUACACCGCAUACUGCUACAACACAGAAGGAGGUUUCUGGGUCCACUGCAACGACUCUGAGAUGAAGGUUUGCAGUGUGGAGGAAGUGUGCAACACUCAGGCCUACAUUCUCUUCUACACCCAGAGGUCCGCUUAGGGGACUCGUCGCCGCGAGCCUGAUUUCGCAUUCAUGAAAUUAGUUUAGCGCGCAGAUGUCACCGAAAAUAGCAAUAGGGACUAACGUUUGUGUCGUGCUCCCGGCGGGCACAACGAUCGCGUUUCAGGCCGUCGUGGACGAAAACGGGACGGAAUCUGGCGGGGUGAGGUCGAGCGCACGUGGGAAACCGCGAUUGUUGCCACAGGCGAAGCGAUGUGGAUUAGUACGCGUGUCGGCCUCAGUGAAAUGCGGUGAAGCCGAGAAACGGUGCCCGCGUGCACAAAACGUGGCGCAAUGGGAAGCAAAUUUAUCCGACCAGCGUCCCGAAGUCCCAUCGAGUUUUCUCACGUUCUGCCGCGACCGACCGAUGCACGUUUUUCCCGUGUUUGGUCGCAGUUCUCGCGGGAAUCUGCAGGCUGCACGGUCGCCCCGAAGUGUAAACGUAGCAUAAACUGACAAAUGUCCAAACUGGAGUUGCACAGACCUCCGCCAAGGUUGCCACAAAUUGACAAGCCAUCUUCUUCUUUUCUUUUUUUUUUUUUUUUUUUUUUUCCUGUCUGUCCUUCCAUGUCGGACUUAUUACACGGCAAAAUACAUUUCUUAAAGGUCCCCUUCCAUAACGUAUGCUAGGCAGUUUGGAACCACUCGCAAAUGAUAUUUGAAAUAGCUGACGCUGUGGCGUCCAUUUCCAUCCAUCCAUUUUCAUAGCCGCUUAUCCUCACGAGGGUCGCGGGGAGUGCCGGAGCCUAUCCCAGCGGGCAGGAGGCGGGGCACACCCUGAACUGGUCGCCAGCCAAUCGCAGGGCACAUAGAGACAAGCAGCCGCACUCACAGUCACACCUAGGGUCAAUUUAGAGGCUCCAGUUAAUGCUGCAUGUUUUUGGGAUGUGGGAGGAAAUGCAAACUCCACACAGGCAUCCGGUGUGACUGUCUCAGCGCUCCCCCGUGCUGAAACGUCUCCUUGUGAUUAAUUCGCUUGUGCGCAUAUUUUGUAAACAUCUGUGCUUCAACACGUGCCAUCAGACAACUUGUCGCCGAGCGUUCAAGUUUGCUGUGGACGUCUCAGAUAGACGAACACAACAAACGCAUCUUUUUUUUUUAAAUCAACUUUUGUUUUAAUGUUAGGAUAUAACGUAUGUUAGCUCCCUUUAUGUAGAAGAAGGGGAACUAUGAGACCGGGAGAUUUCCCAGUAAGCAUCCGCUACGUACCCAGAGUUCCCCUGUUAGUAACGCAUGCGCAUUCAUCACGAGGAGACUUUUCAGCACGGGGGAGCGCUCAGACCAUCACACCAAGAACCCGAGACCUCAGAACUGUGAGCCCUGAUCCCACCGUGCCGCCCAAUUUAAUAAUGACAAAUCUGACCGUCUCAAGUGCCUGGCAAAAAGGCCAGUCAGAAGGACAUUCUGGGCAUUUUCAGCCCAAAUUCUUUUAAAAGGACAUAAAAGUUAAUUGGACCCAAGGAAGAGGACAUUUUUCUUUCUAAUGUACGAAGGACUAUUUAGGGCCACGGCAAAAUCGAAAAGUACGAUACAAGUAUGAAAAACAUCAUCAUAAAGUAAAGUUGAAGUUGUGACUUUAAGCUUGUCCUGUUAAGUCAUCACAGCGAGUCACUCGUAUGAUUUGGAAUAUGAACUACCAAAAAGAAACAUAAUUUUACAACCGUAUAACUAUUCCCAUCUGUAUGCCUUUUCCCCCACAUGCAGUUUGGUUCCAGUCCUUUGUCAUCAAAAAUAGAUGCGUGCCACCACAAUGUUGAUUUUUAAAAUAUGUUUUCUAUUUUUCGUAAUCCCGACAACUCAAAUAAUAGCCAACCAACACUUGGUGGAGGUGAAUCAGCCACUGUGAUUCGAACCUCAUUUGCUCGCGUCUGCGAAGAAACUUCCGAAAUUGAAGCCACAGGUUUGUCCGCCAGCGGGACCAGCGGACCUCGCGCGCGGGUUCGGUUCCUGCCCUGCUGAACAUCCACUGAAAUGUUUGCUUUUAGAACAGGAAAAAAAAAAAAAAAUCUCAUUUGUGUCGGGUCUGAGAACCGAACAGGGUCAUAUACCCGAAACUGCAUUUUACAUGUAACACAGUACAACGCCGAUUUUGGAUUUCAGGAUUUUUAUUUUUUAUUUUUUUUUAUAAAUAAAUAUCACUAGAGAUGAUGUUUUAUUUUGUAGCUUUACGGAGGAUCAACGCUCCUCGAAACGGACCAGCUUACUUGAAAGACGACUCGUAGAAGUCCAGACCGUGUUGCGUCGGUUUCUGCUUUUUGUUGGGUUUUUUUCUCUUUUUUUUUUUUUGCCCAUUUUUGAAUAUUUGAUUUCGAUUGAGGAAAUGUCACUUUUUCCCGGCGCGUUCCUGCGUACUUCGCGAUGUCGUCUCGGCGAGUUCGUUGGGUGGUGGGCCGCCAUAAAGGAAGCGGAAAGAACGUUCGGAGCGACGGAAACUUUUCGGAAGAAGGCGCUCGUCUGGCUGGUCCCAACUUUGUGAUUUUUGUUCUUAUUUUUUAAUUUUUAUUUUGUUUUCGCUCCUGUAUUUUCUCUACAUGGCAGCUCCCAAACAAAAACUCUCUCACCCUCUCCCACUUUUGAGUCGUCGCGUAGACGAGGCCGACGAUGGAAACAAGCCACUGCAGAAGUGAUUAUGAAUGUUUUUUUUUUGAAAUCUUUAUUUCCAAGAGACAUUUGGUACCU